AUAUCAACAAUCAGUAUACUUAUAUAAGGGAGAAGCGAGGAUUGAAAUCUAAUCGAAACACGGUCAGAAAUAAAAACACGAGUUCUCGUUUACUUCUGUGAAUUGAACUAAACCCCCGUUUUUGUUUCUGCGACCGAAAAGCCUUCAGCAAUGGCCAAAGUUCCACCCAAGCACGCCCGUGAUCAAAACCAGGAUUUCCAGGGGUUCUUAAAUAAUUUGCAGGAUUGGGAAUCGUCACUCAAAGACAAGGAGAAGAAAUUGAAGUCCCAAUCUUUAAGCAAGGAAAAAACGAAGAUUGGAAUAGUUGGCGAAGAUAGAAAACAAAGGGGAAAACCAGCAUCAAAUAACAGUUCGACUGCUCAGUUUGAUUACUUGAGAAGUUUUAAUGCAAUGGACAACUUAUCAAGUGCUGUGAUGACAGAAGGGAGUGCUGUCGAUGCUAAUUCAGAAAAAGAGUUGGGUAAUGAGAAUUUCAAGCAGAAGAAAUAUCAAGAGGCAAUCGACUGCUAUUCUAGGAGCAUUGCAUUCUUGCCUACUGCAGUAGCUUAUGCAAACAGAGCAAUGGCUUAUCUAAAACUCAGGAGAUUCCAGGAGGCUGAAGAUGACUGUACCGAAGCUUUAAAUUUAGAUGAUAGAUAUAUUAAAGCUUACUCACGCAGAUCAACCGCCAGAAAAGAACUUCAUAAACUUAAGGAAUCAGUUGAAGAUGCUGAGUUUGCCUUAAGGUUGGAGCCUCACAAUCAAGAGAUCAAAAGGCAGCAUACUGAAUCUAAGGCUUUGUAUGAGAAGGAGAUCCUUAAAAAAGCAGCUGCGUCAUUGAAAAGCGCAGAGAAGGGAGUCCAAAGGGUAGCGAAGCCUGUGAUAGAAAUGAGUUCUCAGAACAAUGGCGUCCAAACUGUUUCAAGUGGUUCUGAAAACAUGGGUGUGGCUGCAAUGAAUGUAGAUAGUAAAAAGAGAAAUCACAAAACUGGCCAGGAAGAGCUGAAGGCUUCAGUUCAAGAGCUUGCUGCUCGUGCUGCUGCACUUGCAACAGCUGAAGCUGCCAAAAACAUAACCCCUCCAACUUCUGCUUAUCAGUUUGAGGUUUCCUGGCGAGGAUUCUCUGGUGAUCGUAGUUUACAGGCACGAUUAUUGAAGGUAACCUCUCCAGUCGCGUUACCUCGGAUAUUUAAGAAUUCAUUAUCAGCUCCAAUAUUGAUUGACAUAGUCAGGUGCAUUGCCACAAUAUUUAAUGAAGAACCUGCUAUGUCAGUCAAAUAUCUAGAAAGUCUAACCAAGGUCUCAAGGUUUGACAUUAUCAUCAUGUGCCUUCCUUCAACAGAUAAAGCGGAUCUCGUGAAGAUGUGGGACCACGUAUUUUUAAAGGAUGGGACUUCAGCAGAGUAUGCAGGGGUGCUAAGAAAUCUUCGACCUAAAUACUGCCCCUAUCAGUGAAGCUGGAGCCAUGAAGUUUAUAUGUAUUCCCGAGCACAAGCACAUGCAACUAAAAUGUAAACUGUUUACACUGAAAGGCCUGCUGCUGUUGUUUCCCCCCUUCAGAGAUUUUGCCAGUAUCAAUCUUAUGACAAGGUUUUGGGGUGUCUAGAUCUUCACAAAGAGCAAUCUUUUGAUUUAAAGAGAGUUCCUAAUACAUAUAUAAAGUAGCUUCAAAAAUAGAAUUAAUCCUUGAUGUGUGUGAAUACCGAAGUUUUGAGCAAGUUGAAAUCAACAUUUCGUGUGGCACUAUUCUUGGUCUGUUUAGGGAUACCAUGAGAAAGGUAGGCUACCGCUUUAUUGUUCUAUCUUGGCUGAUUAUUUUGCUGUUCUUGGUCUUUAGUAAAUCAUGGUGUUGAUCCUAAACUU